AUUAAACAUCAGAAGAAGAAGUUUUACAGGGUCUACUUCCGGGUUAUGUUACGCGUAGAGUUUGUGCUGUGUGUAUGAUAAAACCGUCUGUUAUUUACUUUAUUUGUAUGAGCGCAGCCGUGUAUGUGCGUCUCUCUCGGUUUUAUCAUGUUUAUUUAGCUGCCUCGUAAUGAAGUAACAGAGGGCGCACUCGCUGUGCUGGCCCUGAUAUGCACGUUAGGCUAAGUUAACAAGCUAACAUUGGCAGGACUUAGUACUUGUUUGUUUACAUUUUUGCCAAGAUGUAUACUUUAUUAUCUGGUUUGUAUAAAUACAUGUUCCAAAAGGACGAAUACUGCGUUUUGAUUCUGGGACUGGACAACGCCGGGAAAACUACCUUUCUGGAACAAACCAAAACAAAGUUCAGUAAGAACUACAAGGGAAUGAAUUUAUCAAAGAUCACAACUACAGUUGGUCUUAAUAUUGGUACAAUUGACAUGGGCAAGGCUCGUCUUAUGUUCUGGGAUCUGGGAGGUCAGGAUGAGCUUCAGUCUCUGUGGGACAAGUACUAUGCUGAGUCACAUGGAAUCAUCUAUGUGAUAGACUCAACUGAUGAAGAGCGCCUGACAGAAUCAAAGGAGGCCUUUGAGAAAAUGAUCAACAGUGAGGUAUUAGAAGGUGUUCCUCUCCUUGUGCUGGCUAACAAGCAGGAUGUUCCGAACUGUUUGUCUGUACCGGACAUUAAAACAGCCUUCAGUGACUGUGCCCCGAAAAUUGGAAAGAGAGACUGUUUAGUCCAGCCUUGUACUGCCCUCACAGGGGACGGAGUAAACGAAGGCAUAGAAUGGAUGGUGAAAUGUGUGGUCAGGAACAUUCACAGACCUCCCAGACAGAAGGACAUAACAUAAGAAGUCAUCAAAACUCUUUACCCUCAUUUGGAAGUGAGGGUUUCUCCUUGAGGACAUUCCAUUAAAACCCUGGAGCUGAUGAAAACUCCACUCUUCUUUAGUCUGCUGUGACUUUUUGAUUUCAUUAAAAAUAUUGUGGCAGUA